AUGUCUUCAAAUCUCAGAAAAUGCAAGGUCGCUGCUCCUAGCACCAAUGUGGUACAGGAAAUUCUCUUCGAUCCCAGUGCGCGACAGAUGUAUCUUACGGGUUUUCACAAGCGCAAAGUGCAACGCGCUAAACAUGCGCAGGAGAAAGCGGAGAAAAGGGCGAAGGAGGAGAAGAGGGAGCAGAGGCGGAGGAUACGAGAAGAACGACGCACGGAGGUUGAACGGGCCAUUGCGGAGAAUAAAGCUCUGGUGCGGGAAAUAAAUAGCGAUUUUGGAAGUGAAGAGGGUGGAAAGGGUGAAGGGGAGGAUGAAGAGUGGGAUGGAAUUGCUGACCCUACACCAGUUGAUUACGAGAAGGAAUAUAUCGAUGAGGAUAAAUAUACGGCUGUUACAGUGGAGGAGGUGGAUACGUCGCGGAAAUGGUUGUGGAGGAAGGAUGAUGAGGAACAGGAAGAUGCGCGGGGUGGUGGAAAGGAGAAUGAUCACGAGCAAAAUGAUCAUGGAGAAAAAAGCGAAGACGGCUCGAAGCCGGCAGAAACGAGUAUGGAACAAGACGAAUCUGAAGAACAAGAAUAUGAAGAUGAAUGA